GCAGACUCCCCACUGAGCGGGAGCCCAACGCAGGGCUUGAUCUCACAACCUUGAGUUCGUGACCUGAGCCAAAAUCAAGAGUCACACGCUUAACUGACUGAGCCACCCAGGCACCCUGAUCUGAUCUACAUUUUUAAAAUAUCAUGGUGCCUGCCAUGAAAGGGCACUCUGAAGGGGCAAGAGAAGACUUGGUUUAUCCAAAGAGGGGACCAACUCAAUAGCACUGGUCAUUGGAGAUGAAGAGAUGUCGUAAAAUUCCCAGUAUAAUUUGGACAUCGAUCAUGAUGGAAAGAGCAAAAUCACUGACAUCACCAGCACCACCGUCUGUAAUAGGGUUUUGAGAACUAUUUAGGUGCCAGGCAUAGGACUUCACAUGCCUAAUUUUUUUUCGUCCUCAAAACAGCACCUGUGUGGUAGGUGCUAUUAUUAGUCCUGUCUUACAGAGAGGAAGUUGAAACUUAAAGAAGUUAACUUACUUAACCAGAGCAUGUUUGUUCAUUUCCAGAUUAGUUAUAAAAGCAAAAUCUUGAUUUUUAAGGAAUUUAGAAAAAACUUUAAUGAAUGUUAAGUAAAUAAGGCACAAAAUUAAUGAAAAUAAUUUUCUAGCCAGCAAAGUAUCAGGAAAAGUAAAGGAUACAGUUCUUAAGAUUACAGUAUUCUUAUUAUAAGUUGCAACAUGACAUCUAUAGUUUGUCAGAGGCAUAUGAAAACUGAUAGACACUUUGUUAUGAAAGAAUUGUGUUUGGUAAUUCUUGAGGUGUUGGGGAAGUAGGGACAAGAAGGAGAACAAGUGUUUCCCUUUUCUAGUAUUUCUUUCUGAGUAAAAGGAGUUAAAUUAGUGUAACUCCUUAUUUCUCUGCCAGUUUACCCAUUCUGUGCCAGCUAUGGAUGACAUCUGUGGUAAAUUAGGAAAAAUAGUCUAGGUAUGUUCAGCUCUUUUUUCCUUUUUGAGACCCAGCCUCGCCAUGGAGUAUACCUUUCCCGUUUCUUCUGGGGUAGGCCUCUCUUCCUUCUUGAGAGCCCACUGCUGCCAAACCAAACCAUGGUUUGGUUACAGUCCAUUUUGUUUCUGCACUAAGUUUUGUCUGCCUUCUUGGCCUUUCACAGUAAUGAGGGUGGUAUUUUGGUCUCUACUUGUCUUACCCCUUGUUUUAUUUUUCAGUUGGUUUAGCACUCAGGUGGGGCGGGGAGGUAUUAUUUGACUUAUCUCAGAGUCCCCCAUCCCCCUAACUAAGAAAAAAGAUUGGUCUUCAUAAAUUAGAUCAGUUGAUGAGAUUUACGUCAAGGAUGAUGCUGAUUCUUUGUACCAUAUGAAAGAGAAGUUAGCUUUUUGGCGAGAGCAGCCAAGGGUUUUAACAAUGUUGACAAUUUAUAUUGGAGCAUUUAGAAUAGUUAGAAAUGACUCCAAGUGUUUUAACUAUAAAAAUUGAGGUAUUAGUUGCUAUGGAAAUGUGACAAGUUGAAACAACAGCUUUAAGUGAGAAAGAAGAAGCAGUAAGAAUAAGACCGAUGAUUCCAUGCUCUGUAAAACUACUAGUGAUGAAUGUUGAGUGCUUCAUUUUACCUGAUUAAAUUAUUAAACACAGUUUUUCCCUUAUCCAAAAUGAAUGAGAUUUCUUAUCCUCUCAUUGUAGCUACUUCUGGUGCAGUGAAUAUUUCUUCUCAUAUCUAUUCCGGGGGGAACUAAAGAAAUAUGUGUGUAUUACCAUAUAAACGUAACAAUAUUCAAGCCUGGUCUUUAAAAUCUUUUUAUUAUAAUUAAACCUCUGUGUAGGAUCUAGGGGGGAUUGACAACACUGUUCUUUGAUGCCCUUUGUGAAGUUCCUGGAAGGGAGUUAUCAUUUUAAUAUGCAUAUUGAAAGUUAUUCUCCAGGUAUUCUCUAACUUGGCUGAGAACCAAACAAAAGAAAAUAGGCUUUUAUUUCAGCAGGGACCUUUGAGUUGUAAGAAAUAAUAAGAGAUAAUUUUACUCACUAGGAACAGAAAGAUAAUUUCUUUCACUCAGUAUAAUAUUAGGUUUAAAAUCUCAUUCCCUGGAGAGAUUUAAAGAAUCCGGUAUAUGGGCCAGAUCUGUGCUCUCUGAGGACCAACUGCUCUUCAGUGAUGGGGAGUGGCCAGGGGUCAGUCUUUCAGCUUUUGCAUUCCGUGGUAAAAUGAAAUUUCACUAGGACUAUUUCUAGAGUAUUUAAAUGUGAUAAUGUAUAAGUUAUUGUAAUAUAAAUAUAAAAACUCCUAUAAAAGUAAAUGUGCAUUUUUAUAUCACUAAAACGUUAUUUCUUAAAGGACUUUAAGGUAAAACAGGAUUUUCCCCCCUUAAAUUAAAAGAAAAAAAGAACGAGAGAAAAAGGAGUGAGGAACUAGAGGAAGAGAGGAAGAAAAGAAAUGAGGGGUCCUGGGUUUAUAUAGGUACAAAAAGGACAGGAGUAAUUUUUCCACCGAUUUAACACUGUUGGUUCUAGCAGUCAUUACUGAUUAUUAAGAUAACCCAAAUGAAUAAAUCUGUAUCCAUUUCAUAGAUAUGUUCAUUUUUCAUUUUUAAAGUAAUGUUUAUUCAAUUUAUUUAAACUAAAAUAAAAACAGAAAAACCCAGUUUACCCAUUUUUCCUAUCCUCCACUACCCUGUGCCCCUGGUAACCACCAGUCUGUUCUCUGUAUCUAUGAGCUUGGUUGUUUUGUUUUGUUUUUUACAUUCCACAUACAAGAGAGAUUAUAUGGCAUUUGUCUUUCUCUAACUUAUUUCACUUUGCUUAAUGCCCUUGAGGUCCAUCCCUGUUGCUGCAAAUGGAAAGAUUUCAUUCUUUUUUAUGGCUGAAUAGUAUUCCAUUGUGUAUAAUAUUCCAUAUAAAUAUACCAUAAUUUCUUUAUCCAUUUAUUCAUCAUAGUUAAACACCUCCCAACAACAAAUAUGUAGAAACAUACAUAGACGUGUGUGUUAAAUUAGAUGCCUGCCCCUCAGGUCAAGGUUUUAAUAUAAGCAGGUGAGCUUUCUUUACUAUAAGUCUGGAUGUGAUCAGCUGCCUCUGAGCUGGGCCGUGGAGUGAGUCCAUCUGAGUGAAAGAGCCCUUCAAGGGCCAUUUCUUAGAUCACUACUGUCUUGUGGGUUUUGAACAUGAACCCCACUGGUUUUCAAAUGAUGUUUUGGGAGUUCAUCUCUCAAGUACAUGUCUUAAAGGUUGAGGUGUCCAGUAUGGAAUUCAAACUCUUUACUACUCAGGGAGCAGCUCUGGGUUUGAGUUCCCCCCGGGUUUGGGUUGCCACACCUGGGGUGGUGUCCCAGCCUCUCCUACACACUUUGAUUUGGUUUUCUUCUUUGCCUGAUGUGUAAUCAUCACUCAGCCAGGCUUUAGGUUUUUUUUUUUAAAUAGGAACUUGUUCCAUAUGUAGUGGUAGACUCAGCAUGUCUGUGGGAGGAAAUGAGUUGAAGAUCUUAGAACAUAACCAUCUUAAAACCAGAACUCCACUAUGAGUAUCAUUUUUCAUAGUAUGGAAUGCUCAUUUGCCAAUGAGUAUUUUAAGUUUACUCGGAUAGGUUUUUUAAGUUAAAAUUUCCAAUGAUAUUAAAAUUUCCAAACUUAUGUUAACUAUUUAGAAGACAACAUCUUGGAUUUGUAGCAGGUAGUUAUAUACAAUGCUCUCUUUGAAACUAAGUGUGCUUAUUAAUUUUUGUCCAAAGAAUCUGUUUUGCACUUAUUAUAAAUGAUGGCCUGAACUGUAGGACAACAUCAAAAUAGCACAUAUUCUCAAUAUGAGUUUUACUUUAGUGAAUUAAAACUCGGUCUCUGGUGAGGUGGGGACCUGCAUGUUCCUAAUGAGCAUUUUUGAGCGUGUUGGAGGCCUUUUCUUCCUUAGGACCCAGGUCUGGUAGGUUCUCCCUAAUACUUAAACCUCCUUUCCUAGUCCAUGCCUCUAAUUAUCACACUAAAUUUGGUAGUUAGUAAACCCUUAUAAUAAAGUUUCUUUUGCACUGUAACUAACAGAAACCCAUUUCAGGCUGUGUUAAGAACAAAAGGCAAGUUACUGGAAGGACACUGGGAUAAGUCAUAGACUUCGGUAGCAAAAGAUACAUACUGACCUCAUGAGAGAGUAGAAUCAGGAAUUGGAAAGCCACUUCAAACUCUUCGAAAGAGUUCAUUAUGUCUCAUUUCUUAUCUCUUCAUCUAUUAUAUAACUGCCUCCCUCUACCCCUCAGCUAUUGCUUGGAGUGGAGGUGCGGCCAUUAUCAGUGGAGGUCACCAGAUUGCUAUGUGAAACAUUCCAGGUGUUUACCCCAGCAGUUAUGUGCUCACAUUUCUGUACAUCACUGGGCUAGGAGCCUCAUGGGGGUGAGGCCUAGGUCUUUUUCAUCUUGUAUUCCUGGCAUGUAGCAUACAGCAAUGAAUAUUUGUCUAAUGAACAAAUUUAUGAAAGAGCAGGACUCUUGUCUCAGCUUAGCUUGAGAACCAAGAACAUAAAUAUAUGCCAUAAUUUGGUAUAUUAUUUGUGUUCCAAGAAGUCAAAGGGGAAUCAAAAGUAAGAAAAAUUAACAUUUAAAUCAAAAGCACUUAUUUCAUUUACUAACCUGAUUCUAAUCAACUCGGAAGUUGAUUUGAUGAAAAUUAGGAGAAAUCAUGGCAGCAAUCAGGCUCUGAACCUAAUAAAGCGCCUGUAUUAGUCUGGAUUCUCCAGAGAAAACCAAAUAUAUAUAUAUCCAUACAUGUGCAUAUGAAAUUAAUCCUAAAUAAUCCUAAAUUAAUUCUAUAUAUGAUUUAUUAUAGGAGUUGGCUCAUGCAGUUAUGAAGGCUGAGAAAUUCCAGUAUCUGUUGUCAGCAAGCUGGAGACCCAGGAGAGCCAAUGGUAUAGUUCCAGUCUUAGUGAGUCUGAAGGCAGGAGAAGACUGAAUUCCCUGCUUCAAGACAGAUGUUACUGGGUGUCCUGUAUUUUAUUUGGCAAACCUGCCUAAGACUAAGCUCCUCCUUUCCAGACCUGUCUUGCUACCUGAAAUUCCACAUAAUCAGGAAAAAGGCAGAAAGAUCUCUUAGCACAUGGAGAGUCAUGAAUUUAACAGGAAACUGUGAAGUAGGACACAUAAGUAAAAUUAGGAUUUUCACUGCCUUUGGGCCAAAUACUUGCCAGGAAGAAUGUAAGAACAUGUAUUACUUUUUUAAAUCAGAAAUUCACUAUGAAAAAGUGGACAGUUUUGACAGUUUCAUCUCUCGAACUUCUUCAAAUAAAGAAGUGGUUAUAAACGAUCAGCAGAGUAAUGGAGACAUGAAUCCAAUCCAGAAUUUCACAACAAUACCAAUCACACAGACUCUCAACUACACUCUGAGCAGACAAGGACAUUUAGAAAAAGAACCUUGGAAUGCAUUCAGCCAUCAUAGCCCAGUCAAUGUCUCCAUGGAUGGAAUUCCCUGCAUUCUUUUCUGGGCCAAAGGAAUAACAGUAAAAUUUAAGAAUCAGACCUGGCUGGACCUUACAGAUGAAGCUUUUGGCCAGACGGCAGCAGUGGACAUUAGCAACUCAAAUUGCAGUGAAGAAAGUGCCAUUUUGUCUCUGAAGUUUGGUGAUGCUGAAAUUCCCAAAGGUCUUGAUAUAAGAUUCACCCUUACCAAUUACAACAAGCUGUACCUCCAGAGCUGGUUUAGUCUGCAGCGAGUCGAGAUUAUUUUCAAUAAUUCAAUCCAAGCAACUUUUAAUGCAACUGGCAUCUAUGCUCCGUCAAGUUAUUCCUACCACUGCCAGCGUGUCAGCAGCCUGCAGCGGUAUGAUGCCCUCUUGUUGCCCAGCUACACGGAUGACAUGUCAAGCCUGUGGGAGGUCACUUUUGUUGAUUUCCAGAUCCAAGGCUUCACCAUCAAGGCAAGGCAGUUUGCCAAGCCCCGAGACUGUGCCUCCUCCUUCUCACCAGCCAUUCUGAUUGGCCUGGCCAUGUCCCUGAUCCUGCUGCUGGUGUUGGCCUACGCUCUGCACGUGCUCAUCUACCUGCGGUAUCUGGAGCGGCACUAUGAUUUCAUCACCUCUCCGGCCCACUUCCCCCAGUUGAAAGCUCGAGAUGCAGCAGAAGAGAAGGAGCUGCUGAGGAGCCAGGGAGUCGAGUGCUAUGAACUGAGAAGCCAACAGAUCUGCAAAAUUUAUGUGUAAUAGCGCAGGCCCCUCUUCCUCACAAAGUCCACAGUGGGCUCUGAAAGGAGUUAUUUCUGUCUGUCCUCUUUGACUUGUGAUAUAAAAUGUUCACCUCAUGGCUUGAUUAAAAAAAAUACAUGCAAAAAAUACAUUUUGGAGCAUCCGCUGGCCUACGUAGAGAGAUUUGAGGCAAUGAAAAAGUCCCAGGAACCCCACAGAGAUAAAUACGAUUGUUGCCCUAAAACUACUUGGAAGUUAGGAAGACAGAAAAAAACAUUGAUGCCAUUAAGAGAGGGGAAAACAUACUUGGUCCUCGUUGCUUGUGCCAGUUCAGAUGUGAUAAUAUAGAAAUAGUAAUUCCAAGGUUAUCUGGAAGUUCAGAAUUUAAAGUAUUUUGUAAGUUUGCAUUUUUAGAAAUUAUAUCCCGGUUUUGUUUUAAAAAAAGUAGUCUUCUCUUUCCCGGAGCUGUUUAGGGAAGACUCUUGUCAGUAUGGUAGAACACUUUAUUCAAGGGCUUUCUUGUCAUUUACUUUGCUGUUCAGAGGCCCCCAGUUCAGUUUGUGAAAGAGGGUAACAGUCUUGUAGUUUCUUACCUUUUCCAUCUGGUUGUGGUGCCAAGGCUUGUUUCAUUGGUCUGAUUAGACAUCCAUUAACUCUCCUACGUGCUACUUGAAAUAAGCAACUGAGCUAAGAACAGUGUGCUUGCUAUGCAAACACAGCUUCACGGCAAAUCUCCUAAACCCCCUUCCAGUGAGAUUGUGUCCCUUAAACUCUUCUUUAAUAGAAAUUCUGCAGCCACCACUGCUCUUCUUACAUAUGGAUUUCUGCAUAGUCUUUCCCAGUUCUUGACAGAUACUGAAGAUUGGCUUCCCCUGAAUUUUCACCAGAGCUUCUCUAAUAUGCCUUGUGUGUUAAAGAGAGCUUAUGUGUAAAAAGUACAUUGUAUUUCCCUAAGUAGGUUUCCACACAUGAACUAGGGUUCCGUACAUGACCUGCACAAAACUUAGAAAGCAGAGGGGAACAAUGUGGGGUAGAGGAUCAUGCAUAGAGAAAUUGAAUCUCUUGGACAGCUGUGGUAAUAAGUUUAUAGUCUAGUACCAUCUUUGAUGCCAAGUGUGAAUGACAAUGAUUUGGGUUUCUGAUAAAAUAGUCUUACGUUGGACAUUUCUUUUGGCUGCAUUACUCUUGGCUGUGAAUAUAGGUUUGGCUCCAGCCCUCUCAGAAUUCUGUAACCUCUUAAUACUCUAUAGUGAAUUUGUUGUUGUUUUUUUUAAUACCUGGAGUGGAUUCUGUAUUCUGUAACUAAGAAUCUUGAUUCAUGUACCUAUUUGUACCAAAGGUGGUUAUAGGGAACACACCCUGAAGAAUAUGGGAAUCUAGUAUUGAUUUUUUGGCCCUGUUUAGCCUAAAACCAAGGAGGACUCUUAGCAUUAGAGAAUGGGAAACAGAUAGUUCACAUCAUUCCAUAAUGAAAUUUUCAUUGUGGUUGUUUUGAGUAUCCAUUGGUGGUAUCAAUGGUAGUUGUGGUAGGCUAUAGGUACUUGAAGGAUAAACAUAACUUACGGUCCAACUGGGACACUUUUGAAAGUGAAAACGUCAUUAACAAUUCCAAGAUAACAGACAUAAGCAGAAUGGUGCCAAACUGGGAUAUGUAGUCACCCUAGAUAUGGUAAGACCAUACAGGUAUGGUGAUUGCCCUACAGGGUGAGACCCUGUAAGGUGAGGUAAACUGGCUCUUUCUAACUGUGCUGGAGGGCUUACAGAAAGAAAAUAAUAGCUUAAGAUUUAAAAUUCACAGUUCAAGUCAUGGUAAAAAACAAAACAAAACCAAAACAAAAACCCAGGGAGUUUCUAUGACUGAUCUACAGCUCUUAUCAAGGGGCUGACAUAGUUGCAAAUCAGACACACAGGUCUGAUCCUGUAAAUUGGUAAAAUGUGUUGUAGGUGGAAUUCACAGCCUUGCCAGAUCUCUUAAUGAAUAUGAGGGCACUGAUUUUUACAAAAGAGAAGAAACUUGAAAUAAGAAUGGUAACUUGGGGAUAAUUAGACAACUUUAAGGAUAUUGAACCCAUAAACUCCACUAAGUUUUUCUUGCUAGCAGAAGCAACCCUGUCAGGUGAAGCUAUUCUGACUUCACCAAAGAUAGUUACCUUGCCAGGGGGUGCCGAUUUUCCUCAAUGUCUCUAGACAAUUGGAAUCACACUCUAGCAUAUCCCAGGGAACCAAUUGCAAAGUCAAAUAUGGGAGAAUAAAAAUUGGAAGGUUUUGCUAAUUUAUGCAACAAAAGAUGGAGGAAUAUGUGGGAGAAUGGAUUCUGGAGGUGCUAGCUCAGAGAGGGAAGUGUAUAAUUUUAGAUUGGGCUGAAUUUUUUGAAUAGGUUCUCUUACCAGAUUUUGGGUUAAAUAUUCUGGUUUGAGCAGCUGGCAGUAUUUCUAACCAUUUACUCAGUUGAUUAAGUUGUGGCCUCAAGAGUGACAUGCCCUAAAUGAAAUAGACCAGAAAUUCAUUGGUAUAAUAUAGAGGAAGAAAAUAAAUUUAACAACUUAGAGAAUUGAGAUAUAGGAAUGGAUUUAUUAUGCAUGUCCUGCUCUCCAUCCCCAAAACUAUUUUCCUCUGUGAAGGCCCCAGAGGACACUUAUUGUCAUAGCACUGAGCUGAAAAAUACAUUGGGAACAUAGCAUCAGCAUUUUUGAAAAGUGCUCUAGUUGCUGUCCUCUGUAGGCUAUGGAUGAAGGCAGGAGAUGCUAUCCUUGAUUCCUUAAUCUCAGUGGGAAUGCCGGGAUCCUGGAGAUAGCAUCACAGUGUUAAGGGGCUGUAGGGCAGGAAUGUUAAUCAGAUUAGAUCAUGUUUGUUAAUGGUAAAGUAAUCUAUGACAGAUGUAUCAGGGCAGUCCACUAAAGAACUCGCAUUCAUCUGAAUAAUUGUAAU